AUGCCAAAUUUUACAGCUAUAAGUGAGUUCACCUUUGAGGGGUUCUCCAGCUUCAAGCAGCAGCACCGGAUCAUUCUUUUUGUGAUCUUUCUGGGUCUGUAUUUGCUGACUCUGGCUGGCAAUGGCAUAAUUGUGACUAUCAUCCGCCUUAACCGUCACCUCCACAUACCUAUGUAUUUCUUCUUGAGUGUGUUGUCAAUCUCUGAGACAUGCUACACUUUGGCCAUCAUUCCUCGUACACUGUUUGGCCUCCUCAGCCCAUACCAACCCAUUGCCAUCCCAGAAUGUGCCACACAGCUCUUCUUCUAUCUCACCUUUGGCAUCAACAACUGUUUCUUGCUCACUGUCAUGGGUUAUGAUCGCUAUGUGGCCAUCUGUAAACCUCUGAGGUAUACAGUCAUCAUGGGGAAAAAGGCAUGUAUUCAGUUAGCAUGUGGGUCAUGGGGAAUUGGUCUUGGAAUGGCCAUUAUUCAAGUAACAUCUGUCUUUAGCCUCCCUUUCUGUGAUGCCAGCAUCAUCUCCCACUUUUUCUGUGAUGUCCGGCCCCUCCUAAAGCUAGCCUGUGCCAACACCAUUGUCAAUGAGAUCAUUAAUUUUAUUGUUAGUGUGUGUGUUCUUGUAUUACCCAUGGGCUUGAUCUUUAUCUCCUAUGUUCUCAACAUUUCUACUAUCCUUAAGAUUGCCUCAUCUGAGGGGAGGUGGAAGACCUUUGCUACAUGUGGCUCCCACCUAACUGUGGUCAUCAUCCACUAUGGCUGUGCUUCCAUUAUCUAUCUCAAACCCAAGUCACAGAGCUCUCUUGAGCAAGACAGACUUAUUUCAGCAGCCUACACUGUCCUUACUCCAUUGCUGAACCCUGUUGUAUAUACCCUAAGGAACAAGGAAGUCAAAGAUGCCCUGCGCCGAGCUCUGGGCAAGAAACCCCUCUCCUCUUAG